AUGGAUGACCAGGAGCAAGGAGCAGCAGUCACGUUCAGUGGCGGUAUCCUUUCCCGUUGCUUUCCAGCUGUUAUCCGGGAGGAAGUCAAACAGCUGUUUCUGCUGGCUGGACCACUGAUUCUGUCACAGGUGAUGAUUUACAGCCUUAAUUUUAUCAGCUCUGCGUUCAGUGGACAUCUUGGCAAAUAUGAAUUGGGUGCCGUGUCACUCGCUACAUCGGUGAUCAGUGUGACGGGCGUUGCGGUGGGAACCGGUCUGUCCAUGGCGUGUGACACUCUGAUAUCGCAGACUUAUGGCAGCAAAAAGCUGAAGCGGAUUGGAAUCAUUCUCCAACGAGGCGUCCUCAUUCUCUUCAUCUUCUGCUGCCCCUGCUGGGCCCUCUUCAUUAACACAGAAAAAAUCCUCUUGGGUACCAAACAGCACCCUGAGGUGGCCAGAUUAUGCCAGCUUUAUGUGAAGAUAUUUAUUCCUGCUCUUCCUGCAGUUUUCCUGUAUCAGCUCCAGGUCCGAUAUCUACAGAAUCAGGGUAUAACUAUGCCGCAGGUGUUCACUGGACUGGUGGCCAACAUUCUGAGUGCAUUAGUGAACUACAUCUUCCUGAUUUUGCUGAAACUAGGAGUGGCGGGGUCUGCUUGGGCCAACGUGAUAUCGCAGUACUGCCAGAACAUCAUCCUCUUCGCUUACAUCAGAUGGCGAAAACUGCACCUCCAAACCUGGGGAGGGUGGACAAUGGACUGCCUGCAGGAGUGGGGCCCUUUCUUGCGACUGGCCAUCCCCAGCAUGUUCAUGUUUUGUAUCGAGUUAUGGGCCUAUGAAUUGGGAUCCUUCCUAGCAGGCCUAAUUAGUCAAGUUGAGCUUGGGGCUCAGUCUAUUAUUUUCCAAGUGUUGACAAUUUUAUACAUGACUCACGUUGGGAUUGGAAUGGCAGCGGGUGUCCGUGUGGGCGUGGCCCUUGGUGGAGGGGAUCCACGACAAGCCAAGAUCUCUGCAAUGACUGCCAUCGUUUCUGCUGGUUGUGUGGCAUUGUUCCUCAUGUCAUUACUUCUGGGGCUUAAGGAUGUCGUAGCAAAAGUCUUCACCAGUGACCGGCAAAUUGUUGAACUGGUUUCAAAAACGAUACCGAUCCUGGCUCCUGUCCACCUGUGUGAUGCCAUAGGCUCGGUGACUAGUGGGAUCAUCAGAGGAACCGGGAAGCAGAAAAUUGGAGCGGUUGCUAAUCUGGUUGUAUUCUACAUUGUCGCGAUCCCUAUCGGAAUUUCGCUGAUGUUUGCCGCAAAGCUUGGAAUUCUCGGUCUUUGGACGGGACUAGCAAUUGGUACCUUUCUGCUGUCAUCUCUCCUUUUGACGUUGAUCUUUAGGAUGAACUGGAACAGAGCUGCAGAGGAGGCUCAAGAGAGAACAGGAUUGAGGAAGAGAAUUGAACCCAACACAGUUGCUGAGACAGAUGCCUCUUUCUAUGAAGACGGCACUGCAAUAUCAUCACAGAACCAGGAAGAAUCAGAUCAGCUGGAACACGCCAUAUUGAUAGCGAGCAACAGCUCCAGCCUAAUGGGUGGUACCUUGUCCCCUACCCAACUGAUCAUUCGCCGUGGGCUAGCCAUUCUAGCAGGGCUGGCGAUAUUGGCAGUUGGGAUCGCUGUCCACUUUGCUGUUGAGCUGUAACUUUAAAAGAGCCCCUAGCAAGUGCUUUUCUGCAUGUGGUGGGUCUCAAAGAGAGGGAAGUCUUCUUCUACAAUAGGACUAACCCUUGCCUCCUCUGCUGUGGAGUUCCUUGAAUGCACCUGAUUUUUGCUCCAUUGGAAUCAAAGUUGGGUGGGUUUAUAAAGGUGGGAAGACUUUCUCUCUGGAAGGUUACUGCCCUGGAGUCCAAGUGCAAAAUUUCCCUUGUUGAGUUCUCUAAAACCACCAAACCUGAUUUAAGGUAUUCUGGGAAGCUUUUAAUUCCAUUAUUCUGCUUUGGAUUUGAGUUCAAGCCUCAGAGAUGAAAGACAGGGGGCUAAUAUAUGACAGCACCAAAUCAGCUUUCCCUAUUGCCACGGUUUAUAUACUUGUCUUUCCUCUCCUCUU